UAAUAUUUCUUUUCAGUAAUUUUCUUCAAUAUUAUCUGUGACUUUCAGUUCAGAAAAAAAUCUGUAAAUUUCACUUUUCAAUAAUAUGUAAAAUAACAUUUUUUUCUGAUUUAAAUAAAGGAAAAGUAUGGAGAAUUACCUAACUAGUUUAGUAAUAGAGCUAAGAAUUUAACAUAAAUAAAUAAUAGGAAUAAUAAGACUAAGGAAUGAGAACUCAACAAAUCCAAUGAUCCUCUGCAUCCCCAAUGAUCAAGCUUUGUUUUUAUUUAUUUUUAUUUUAUUUUAUUUUUUUGACACUGGGUCACUGCGCACUGAAUUAUUGCCUGCUAACGGGGAGGCAGAAACUAUAAAUCAAAAGCCUCAUGAAGACAAAGUCACAGAUCUAGAUUAACUCUGAAGCAACAAAAUCUAGAAACUAUUGAGUUUCUCCACUGAACUGUUAAACAAAGACUACAUAAACAGUCUAUGAUUUUACAUUGGGAUUUAACUGUGUCCCUGCAGUUCUACAAAUGACCUGUGGGGGCAGCAACACGCCUCAGCUGAGUCUAAUAUACCGCUAAUUUCACCAGACGAAGAAGAAGAAGAAAACCCGCGAAGAAGAAAGAUGUCAAAACAAGACAACUUCUUGGCGAUAUAAAGUCAGAUUUAUAGUUGAAUAAAGUAAUAAAAACGAUAUUUAAACCGCGGAGAGACUCACGAACAUGUCGAGGCCGGAGACGCUGGAGGGUCAGAUCUGGGCCGUGAUGGAGACGGUGGCGGAGGCGGCGGUGGCGGAGCUCCGGAGGCUGCUGGAGGAGAGCUCGGCUGCGGCCGCUCGGCAGCACUCUGCUGCGGCUACGGCGGCCGAAGUGAAGCGCGAAGAGGAGGGCAGCGAGGUGGUCCUACCGGAGGACCGGAGGCACUUUAACGAACAUUUAACGAACCAGUUUGCAUCCCUCAUGAAAACCUGGACCAGAGGAGCAGUGGAGAAAAUCUCAUUGAUGCUGAAAAUGUCCACGUGUGAAGCUGAAGACGUUCCUGCUGCAGAGCAGACAGCUGGACUGGAUGGUGAGAUGGAACAGACGAGAACGAAUCCAGAGCGAGAGCAAAUCACUGAACCCACAAAAAAAUCAGCAGCCAGGAGGUCUCGUCAGAGAAGAAAGAAAAUCCAGAGAGGAUUCCAACCAGCAGCAGGAAAGACGGAUGAUCACAUAUAUUGCAGAGAGGAGCAACAGACUGAAAAACCAACAGCAGCAGCAGACUCAGAAUCAGUGACAGAACCUGCUGAUGCAGCCUCAUAUGAGGAGAAAAACUCUGAACCUGAAGCUGUUUUAACGGAGCCGACGCCUGAUUCAGCCUCCAACAUUGAUGAAGAUACCGUCCAGGAGGACACAAACCUUGCAAGCACCCCAUCAAAGAUCAAAAAGAAGGCGACUGCAGGUCUGUUCAAAUGUCCUUCUUGUGAGAAAACCUUUGCUCUGAAGUGCCUCAUGGACAGACACUUCCUGACUCACUCCAGACCUCAUCUCUGCUCUGAAUGUGGCAAACGUUUCGCCGUUCUCCGGACGCUCAUCGCACAUUCAAGACGACACACUGGAGAGAAACUGUACAAAUGCUCCCUGUGUGGGACGGAGUUUGCUUACAAGUCGACCUUCCACAGGCACAUGCGUCAGCACAACACGAGGAAACCGAACACCCACACAUGCCCGCUGUGUGAGAAUCAGUUCUCAGGGCUGCUGGCACUUCAGCGGCACAGAUGUUGUGCGCUGAAGAAGACGUUUGUUUGCUCGCUUUGCCCGGAGACCUUUGAGUGCAGACAGAGUUUGGCCGAACACGAGAAUCUCCACUCGGGAGACAGAGAUUUUGUCUGCGAAGUGUGUGGCGAGAGCUUCUUUUCAUCUUCAUCUUUGUCCACUCACCGAUUCACUCACACUCAGAAGGAGAACUGCUGCGAUGAGCUCGGCCUCGGCUGCAGCGACAUGAGCGUCCUCAGGAACCACCUGAGCAAACACACCGGAGAAAAGCUGUUCACCUGCGAGGUGUGCGGCAAAGGCUGCAGCCACAAGAGCGCCCUGAUGCACCACAUGUUGACCCACACCGGAGAAAGACCGUACGUCUGCGAGACCUGCGGGAAACGCUGCAGCCACGCCAGCGCCCUGCAGAACCACAUGAGGAUCCACACAGGGAAGAAACCGGGACAGCAGCCGGUCUGCGACGUCUGCGGCAAAAAGUUCAGCUGCACGGUCAAUCUCAAAUACCACAUGAGCACCCACACGGGGGAAAGACCAUACGCCUGCGAUCAGUGCGAGAAGAAGUUCACCAACCCCAGCAAUCUGAAGCUGCACAUGGUGAUUCACUCGGGGGAGAAGAUGUACGGCUGCAACAUCUGCGGCAGGAGGUUCACUCAGUCCAGCAGCCUCAAACUGCACAGACGGGUUCACACGGGAGAAAAACCAUAUCACUGCGAAGUCUGCGGGAAAGAAUUCGUACACAGGAGCGACUUCAGGAAUCACCAGAAGAAUCACCCUGCAGAGAAGGAGGGAGAUGGACAGACUGAGAAAACUGAAGUGAAAGUCUGAAAUCCCUGCUCUAUGGUUGUUUCUUUACAGAGCAGGGAUAUAGAUUAUUUAUGUUUACAAACAGUGGAACUGAAACAGGGAAAUGUGAUGUUGAAUACUGUGAAAGAAAUAAAAGUUUGACAAAGAUUUUACAA